GGUCUUGGUAGCUUUGCCACGCCGGUGGGCCUGAUUCAGAACUUGGUUGAGUUUAACACUGUGAUGCUGGAUGCACCUUGGGCCGUGGGCAUCUGUGCCACCACCAUCUUGAUGCGCACGCUGAUGCUGCCGCUGGUAUUCGGCAGCAUGCGGAACAACACCAUUCUCAUGAACAUCCAGCCACAGCUGCAGCUGCAUUCGCAGCGUAUUCGCGAGUGUCAAACUCGCAAUGAUCACGACGGCGCUGCCCAGGCGGCCGCUAACCUCAACGGUCUCUUCAAGGAACACGGAGUGCAUCCGCUCAAGGGUCUCCUGCCCCUCUUUGUACAAGCGCCAGUCUUCAUUUCUUUCUUCAUGGCCCUUCGCCAGAUGGCGAAUCUUCCGAUUGAAAGCAUGAAGACUGGUGGACUUUUGUGGUUCACGGACCUCACGGCUGCCGAUCCCUACUAUGUGUUGCCCGUCAUCGCCAGCGCUACCAUGCUGGCUACUAUUGAGUUUGGCUCCGAAGGCGUCAAGCAGAACAAUGUCAUGAUGAAGAACGUUUUCCGUGGCCUGUCCAUCGUCCUGUUGCCCGUCACCAUCAACCUGCCAACAGCCAUCUUUGUUUACUGGUGCACGGCCAACAUGUUCUCGCUCUCGCAAAUGCUCAUGUUGAAGAUUCCCGGCCUGAAGAAGAGCCUUGGCAUCCCCGAACAGAUUCAGCAC